AUGGCGACUACUUGUUGCCAUGGUGAAAACGGUCGCCUUCUUGUUACCGACCAGCUUUCCGAAAGACAAUUUCUCAUCGAUACUGGUUCGGACUUCUAUGUGUUCCCACAAUCUCUCCUGCCUCAUCGAAAGCAAGAUUCGGAUUUCCAGCUGAACGCAGCCAACAACUCGACUAUUAAGACUUAUGGUUUUCUAACGCUGUCGUUAAAUCUAGGACUUCGUAGAUGUUUUUCCUGUCGCUUUGUCAUUGCUAAUGUUCCCUUGCCUGUAAUUGGAUCCGACUUUCUGGUUGACUUUGGUCUCUUGCCGGAUUGUAGAAACAAACUUCUUUUGGAUACGAUUAAGAACUUAUCCACAAAAGGACAUUCUACUAAUCGCCCUCCGAUGAACGUCAAGAUUAUUUCGGCUGAGUCUAUAACCUGCAACGACAUUUUGAGAGAGUUUCCAACACUCACACGUCCCGCUGGAAAUCUUCGCAAUUUUUGUCAUUCUACAGUUCAUCAUAUGCGAACUACACAAGGACCUCCUGUCUUUUGCCGGCCACAACGUCUUGCUCCGGAACGGUUGAAAAUUGCUAAGACUGAAUUCGAGGCAAUGGUAGUGGAAGGAACUUCUAAACAUGGCGAAGGACCAUGGGCGUCUCCCCUUCAUCUCAUGUCUAAAAAGUCAGGAGGCUGA